AUGUGUGACUAUGUUCGCUCAAGUAUGUCAUUCAUUGAAUCGAAUGCCAGUCAUGUCAAAGUGAAUUCCCAAAAAUUGCGUGAGAAAGUUCUUCCUCAUCUCGACGAGAUCAUAUCGUAUAAAUUUGACACUUCGAUUCAUGUUGCGCCACAAGACGUUGAGUCUCGUUUGCGAUAUAUCUUGUUAGUCGAUGCUCUCAAUUUUUGCUUUUGGCCAACAGCGAAUUUUGAAUAUGACAAUUUGACUGUUGGUCUUACAAAGCUUGAGAAAGACCACCCCGAGUACUUUGAACCGGAACACAUGACGGAAAUAACACCGGAGAUUUUGGCGCACUAUUUAGUCUUUCAAAACUCCCCAAUCCCAAACAUCUCGGAACGGACAAGGCUCUUCAAAGAAGUUGGGGAAGUCCUUGUAAAGCGUUUCAAUAGCAAGGCGGAGAAUUUGAUAGUCGAGACACAAGGAUGUGCAAGUGCUUUAGUAACCCUAAUAGCUAAGGAGUUUCCUGGGUUCCGCGACUCCACUGUAUACAAAGGGCGCCAAGUCUUCUUUUACAAACGCGCGCAAAUAGUCGUCGGAGACAUUUCUGGUAUGUGCGACAACAUCAAGCAUCUUGAGGAAUUAACAGGGUUUGCGGAUUAUCGAAUACCUCAAUUAUUGCUGGGAUGGGAUUGCCUUGAUUUUUUAGAUCAAUCGUUAAAGGAAAAAAUUAUUAAUAAAAUAGAAAUAAGUGCGGGGAGUGAAGAAGAGUGCGAAUUGAGAUGUACCGUACUUUCUGCUAUAAAAAUAAUACAGAAAUCUAUUGAGGAAAUUAAACACGAAAAAGUUAAUGGAAACGUUAUCGACUGGUUCUUAUGGUCGACGGGAGAAAAAAAUAAGGACAAUCUCCCACCACAUCAUAGAACUAAUACUAUUUUCUAUUAA